UUCACUGCGCUUGCGCUGACAGACGCAAGAUGGCGGACAGUGCGGAACUAAAGCAAAUGGUUAUGAGCCUUAGAGUUUCUGAACUCCAAGUACUGUUGGGCUACGCUGGGAGAAACAAGCACGGACGCAAACACGAACUUCUCACAAAAGCCCUGCAUUUGCUAAAGGCUGGCUGCAGUCCUGCUGUACAAAUGAAAAUUAAAGAACUCUAUAGGCGGAGGUUCCCCCAGAAAAUCAUGACGCCUGCGGACUUGUCCAUCCCCAACGUACAUUCAAGUCCUAUGCCAGCAACUUUGUCUCCAUCUACCAUUCCACAGCUCACUUAUGACGGUCACCCUGCAUCAUCACCGUUACUCCCUGUUUCUCUUCUGGGACCUAAACAUGAACUGGAACUCCCACAUCUAACAUCAGCUCUUCACCCAGUCCAUCCGGAUAUAAAACUUCAAAAAUUACCAUUUUAUGACUUACUGGAUGAACUGAUAAAACCCACCAGUCUAGCAUCAGACAACAGUCAGCGCUUUCGAGAAACCUGCUUUGCGUUUGCAUUGACGCCACAGCAAGUGCAGCAGAUCAGUAGUUCCAUGGAUAUUUCUGGGACCAAAUGUGACUUCACAGUGCAGGUCCAGUUAAGGUUUUGUUUAUCAGAAACCAGUUGUCCACAAGAAGAUCACUUCCCACCCAACCUUUGUGUGAAAGUGAAUACAAAACCUUGCAGCCUUCCAGGUUAUCUUCCACCUACGAAAAACGGUGUGGAACCAAAGCGACCUAGCCGACCAAUUAACAUCACCUCCCUUGUCAGGUUGUCCACAACUGUGCCAAACACCAUUGUUGUUUCUUGGACUGCAGAAAUUGGAAGAAACUAUUCCAUGGCAGUAUAUCUUGUAAAACAGUUGUCCUCAACAGUUCUGCUUCAGAGGUUACGAGCAAAGGGAAUAAGGAAUCCGGAUCAUUCUAGAGCUUUAAUUAAAGAGAAAUUGACCGCGGAUCCAGACAGUGAAAUAGCUACAACCAGCCUGAGGGUUUCUCUUCUGUGUCCACUUGGUAAAAUGCGGCUGACAAUUCCAUGUCGGGCCCUUACAUGUUCUCAUCUGCAGUGUUUUGAUGCAACUCUUUAUAUUCAGAUGAAUGAGAAAAAGCCAACCUGGGUUUGUCCUGUCUGCGAUAAGAAGGCGCCAUAUGAACACCUUAUUAUUGACGGCUUGUUUAUGGAAAUCCUAAAGUACUGUACAGAUUGUGAUGAAAUACAGUUUAAGGAGGAUGGCUCUUGGGCACCCAUGAGGUCAAAAAAAGAAGUACAGGAAGUUUCUGCCUCUUACAAUGGAGUCGAUGGAUGCUUGAGCUCCACAUUAGAGCACCAGGUGGCUUCUCACCACCAGUCCUCAAAUAAAAAUAAGAAAGUAGAGGUGAUUGACCUCACCAUAGACAGUUCAUCUGAUGAAGAGGAGGAAGAGCCAUCUGCCAAGAGAACCUGUCCUUCCCUGUCUCCCACAUCACCACUAAAUAAUAAAGGCAUAUUAAGUCUUCCACAUCAAGCAUCUCCAGUGUCCCGCACGCCAAGCCUCCCUGCUGUAGACACAAGCUAUAUCAACACAUCCCUCAUCCAGGACUACAGACAUCCUUUCCACAUGACACCCAUGCCUUAUGACUUACAAGGAUUAGAUUUCUUUCCUUUCUUAUCAGGAGACAAUCAGCAUUAUAACACCUCGCUCCUCGCCGCCGCCGCCGCCGCGGUCUCAGAUGAUCAAGACCUCUUACACUCGUCGCGGUUUUUCCCAUAUACCUCCUCCCAGAUGUUCCUCGAUCAGCUCAGCGCGGGCGGCAGCGCUUCUCUGCCCACCACCAACGGGAGCAGCAGCGGCAGCAACGGCAGCCUCGUGUCCUCCAGCAGCCUGCGGGAGAGCCACAGCCACGCCGUGGCCGGCAGGAGCGGCGCGGACACGGCGUCCAUCUUCGGCAUCAUACCGGACAUUAUCUCGUUGGACUGAUCCUUUUGCCCCUGCUGCUCCCGUCCCCACCCCAGAUUAAAUGAACUUGGCAGAAAGAGGAGAACUUUGUGCUAUGUUUUACCUUAUUCUGUUUGGAAAAGUACACAAGCGUGGUUUUUUUUUUUUUUUUUUCCUUUUUUUAGGGAAAAAAAUUAAAAGAAAUGUACAGAGAACAAAACUAUAUUUUCAGUUUUACUUUUGUAUAUAAAUCUAAGACUGCCUGUCUGAUAAAAAUACUUGUAAAAAACAAAAAAAAAGGAAAGAAAAGAAAAAAAGAAAAAAAAACAAGUACCCACAAACCACCUUCAGUUCAUUUUUUCUGGAUUCUGAAGAUUUUUUCCCCCCAUCAUUUGUCCUAUGGUUUUGGUUUUAUUUUACUUCAAUGGCAUUAUUUUAUUUGCAAUAACAGAAAAGGAAUUGCAUGUAUGAAGUUUUAAAUUGUGGGCUUUUCUUUGUUGUGGGGAGGGGGCUGGGGAGGAUAGUUUUAAUUUCCAUUUUCUAAAAAUGACAGACUUGGAUUCUGUUUGUGUGUGUGCAUAUUUCAUCCAGCCUUAAGUUAUAAAUCUCAUCUGUCCCACUGCAUUCCCUGUGUAUUUUCAGGACAUAGCUUGUGGGUGUGUGCGUUCAGUGUGUGUCUGUGUGUAUUCUUCUGUCAUUACUGUUCCUUCUCCCGAGUUUGCAUUCAGUUGAUAAAUCAGUUGCCUGCUUUUUUCAGAGUGCUUUGAAGGUCUUGAACUCACAUACGAGCAUCUUUAUCAACUAUCCCAAUUGCAUGUUCUCCAUCACAUGUUCUCUCUUAUUUGCUAGACACCCCCUGAGAAUGUGUUUCAGAGAUGGGAGGAAACUGUCUGGUAAGGUAGGCUUAGCAGGUCUGUGAAUAACACACUUUAGUCUAGUUAUUCUGAAUUUGGAUUGCCAGUAUUAUGUAUUUAAACCAAGUCUGUGAACACCUACUUUUUUUGGCCACAGGGUAAAAAGUUUUCGUAUAAGAUCUUGAUACCAAAGUAGGAAGUUAAAGUAGCUUAGAAAGGCCCUGUUGGGUGUCUUGUGCAGCUGACAGAGGUAAGGCUACAUCACCUCAAAAAAGACAAGACAGUCAGUCAUCCUAAAAGUAACUUCUCUUCAGAAAAUACAACACACCACACAUGUCAGUUCGUAGAAAUCCAUCAUCUGAUAAACGAAAUUCAAAAUGGGCUUGACCCUUAGUCGCUUUUACUCUCUGGUUCUGAGCGUGCUUAGUUUCUUAGCCUAGUUAUCUUGUUUUGUUUUGGUUUUUUCUUCACCUUUUAAAGACAAGCAUGACAUAGGAAAGUCACUUUUUUUUUUUUAAAGAAUUCAUGGAUCAGUCUGAUCUAUUCUUAUUAAUAAUGGAACAUGUAAAUAUAUUGAAAACUGUUUUUCAGGAGAUGAGUGAGGGUUGGCGGGAAGGAAAAAGUGGUUCUACUUGUGUUCCAAAAUUGUCAUCAGAGAAGAUAGUACGUUCUUCAGGUAAUAUCUGAAGGUGUCGAAUAUAUUUUUUAGCUGAUUGAAAGGUUUAACGGAAAAGGUAAAGAAGGGGCAUAAUGAUUACCAGUUUUCCAGACUGGAUUUUUAUAUCACAACCGUGUUAAUGUUCUCAGAGUUGUUCUCAGAGUUGAUGAAGGACCACCUUUGUGUAUAAAAUUGUCAUUCUGAACCUUGCAGUGGUAACAAAUUGACCUGCUUUAAUCCAGUUAGAAUUCAAGAUGGCUGUGUCUUCAAUUGUAUGAUAAAAUUAAUGGUUCACCUGACUGUGUGGCACCUAAAAAUAAUACCUGUUUUUGCAGCAUCUCUCUGCCACUAAAUUGUUGACUUGAAUUUUGAAAAACAAGUUGGUAUUGAUAUGUAUAUGUGUGUGUGUAUAUAUGUAUUUAUAGACAAGUGUGUGUGAGUGACAAGUGAGUUAUAUAGUCUUCCCCUGCGCAUGUGUAUUCCACACAUACAUGGCUGAGUUACAGUCACUAAACGAUUUGCAAUUAAAAAAAAGUUCAUUGUCACUUAAAACAAAAUAGUUAAGUUUUUAAAUGAAUCUGGUGUAAUGGUGAGUAAACACUUUAGAACUCUCAUUGCCAUGCUAACUUAGACUAAUAUCUAAUAGUAUUAUAAUUUGUGUCUAAAUUCAGAUUGGGAUAGAAAUUACUUAAAUUGUGGGGAGUUGCCUCUUAUUUCACAUUGUAAUAGGAAACUUUCUCUUAAUUCAACUACCUAAGAUAAAAUGAAUAGUUUUUUUGUUUUUUUUUUUUGUCGUCGUUAGUGGUCUCAAAAUUCUGAUCAAUAACUUUGUGUCUGAUGCUGAAUUACAAACUCUUUGAAUGAUCCAGUUGAAAACCCGUCCCUCUACUUUCUUCAGCCCAGUUUUGGAAAGGGUUUAUUUCCCUCAGCGUCCUGCAUUCUACCAACCUAAGGGAAGAAUAGGUAACAGGGAGAAAUACAUGUCUGUCUAGUGGCUUUGGUCAUGUCUCCAUAGGAGAAAGUAACCGUUUGGUUUGUCUUUUUAUUUUAGUUCAUUCCACUCUAAGGAGUCUGUUCCUUUCAGUUGUUAACUUUCUAAAACGUAGCAGUAGUGGUAGCAGUGACAGCUGUGGCCAUCACUCCGUUGGUCUCAUGGCCGAUAUUAGACUUUGAUGGUUCAUAGUAAUUACUGGUAGGGUCAUGCACUGCAGCUUUAUCUUCUAAGUUAAAAAAAAAACAACCCACAGUCAUUUCUUUUUUUCUUAGCCCACCAUUACUCCCCCACCCUUGCUAACACUGACAUGCUGUCUGUGGACAAGUAAUAGUUCUCAGACUCUUUAGUCAAGUUGCCACCAUCCCCCUUGCCUUGGUCAUUUAUAAUAGGUGUGCACAUGUUUGUAUUUCUGUACAGUACUCUGUGUGUGUGUGUGUGUGUGUAUACACGUGCACACACUCAUCUUUGAUAAAAUAGCUGUUUGACUAGCAGGGUUGAAGUGGCUUUUAAUUGUUUUGGGCAUUAUUGAACACAUCUUUUUAAAACAAUCUGGACCUUAACCAUGCCACGCUCAGUUGACUAAUUUAUUUUGAGCAUUAAAAUUUUUCUACUUCUAUUCUAUUAACUUAGACAUCACAUUAUUAUUACUGACUCAGAAAAUAUUCACUUAAGCUUCUGAAAAAUGUGAUUUCUUGGCAGAUUUUCCUUUGAUUCAGAUGUCUGAAACUGAAUGAAAACAUAUCCCAAUUUUAAAUUACCAAUUGUGGAAAGAACAUUGUUUUUAAACAGCUCCAAUUUUAAACACAGAAAACACUUCAAGAUCUUCAGGCUUUAAAGCACAUUGGAAAUUAUUUUAGUAUGAAUUUUGUUUUAUCAAUACAUGUUGAAUUCUGUUUUUUAAUCAAAAGAAAACACAAAGCUUAGAUUUCAGAAAGAGGGAGGGAGAGAAGAGCUGGUGGUCCCAGAGUGUGCUGCUGUUAAUUGUUUAAUUAACAAAGGGGAAAAUGUAUAUAAACAGAUAUAAGAGUUACCAUAAAUUCCAUGAACUUAAAUCUGUGAUUCAUUGCCUUAAAACUUUCUCUCUUAGAAUUUCCACACCGCAUGCCAAACCAGUAAAAUGGCUUUUAAAAAUGUAUAGUAGACCAAUGUCAGUUUGUAUAAAAGUACCAAGUGGAAAAUAUUUAUUACAUGCAUUGGAAAAAAAAUUGUUUACCUAUUGAAUGUUACCUGUUUAUGUAGAGCUCUUUAGAUGUAAUAAAAGAAAAGCCUUCAGUUA